GGUGAGUGGUGACUGGGUAAUUGGUUACGGGCCUGGAAACCUGCUUUCAAGGUCGUACAACACGAUUGGGUUUUCUUUGAACUUGUUGGUUCUGAAGCAUUACGCUCAACUAUUGUGAUUUACAGCUACUACAAUUCGAAUUGGAGCUGUUAAUCUAUGGCUGAUAUUUGUAGUAGUAAUAGUAGUACUUUCAAAACCUGAGCUGUGAAGACUGGCAUAUUAUCACUAAACGAGCUAGGGUUUAGAAAAUUCAAUUUCAAGGAGCUCUGAUACUGAUAGUGAUACCAAAGUGAAGACCAAUCACACUAAUGGAUCAGCAAGUCGUCGCCGAUACAGAUUCGCUGGAUCAGAGACCCGGAAUCCUCAUCAUCGGAUCCUCUAACGUCGGUAAACGGACUCUUCUCUCCCGAUUACUCUCUGUGGAAUUUGAAGACUCUUCUGAUUCAUCAUCGGAUGUACUUGCCUAUGGGUGGACUAUCAAUACGAAGUAUUACACUGCUGAUGUUUCCAUAUGGAUGGCUCAUCUUCAGGAAGACUUUUCUAUUAUGGCCUUACCAGUAGUUGACCAGUUGGCUGCCUUGGUGAUGGUUUUCGACAUGAAUGAUCUAUCUUCUCUUGUUGCAAUUAAGGAUUGCGUUUCUCGCACUGAUAUUCAGAAGUUUGACAUAUUGUUAUGUAUUGGGAACAAAGUGGACCUUCUUCCAGGACAUGCAGCUCAUGUUGAGUACAGAAGACGCCUGCAGCAACAUGGAGAAUCCCCUGUUGAUUCUAAUCAAGAAUUUUAUGAUUUUGGAAUUUAUGAAUCCGAAGGAAGUAGCUUAUUAGGAGAUGAAGAACCAUCGUGGGAGAUUAAGAAGUCAUGUUUGGAAUGGUGCAGUGAACACAACAUUGAAUACAUUGAAGCUUGUGCAUCUAAUGCUGAUUUUGACAGAUGUUUAUCAGUUGAUGGCGAUUCACAGGGUGUAGAACGACUCUAUGGGGCUCUUUCUGCUCAUAUAUGGCCUGGAAUGAUCUUGAAAUCUGGCAAUAAGAUAACUGAACCAUCAUUACCUGAAAAGCAAGAGUUGUCAGAUGAAGAAUCAGACUAUGAAUUUGAUUAUGAAAUAUUAUCUGCGGGUUCAGCAGAACCAUGGGAUGACACAGAUGUAGGAUGGGUAUCUGCAAAUGGCUCUACUUCGGCCGCAGGUGCAGGGGGAUCAGUUGCUCAGACUAUUGAUGCUAAGGAAUGUGAUGGAGGGAAAGAAAUUAGGUCAGUUGGAGGAGAGCUGCAGUCCUCAGCUUCAGUAUCCCAGCUGCAAACACAGAGUGACAGUGAAAUAGUGCCCAAAGUACAUGAGCCUGACAAAGCCUCAGAGCCUGAUGAGGAUACGCAUUAUGACUUUGAGGAUUUGGAACAGUUGAUGUCAGAGAUCGGGAACAUGCGUGACAACUUGAGAUUGAUGCCUGAUUUCCAAAGGAGGGAAAUGGCAGCAAAGGUGGCUAUGAAAAUGGCUUCUAUGUUUGGCGACAGCAGUGGUGAUGAAGGGGGAUUUGAUUGAUAAGAGGACAUAUUUGCUCUGUGUUUCUCCUUGUGCAGCUUAAGAUUUUCGCAAGAGAUACUUACGGUUACGACCCAGACUAGGAAAACCUACAUAACUCUUUCAGGUCAGUGCAAAUGUUUGAAAUGUACUCUGCUAUAGAUGAGCAAGUAUCUCGGAUGAAUUUGUAGCUAUGAAAUCUAAUAGUCAUCACUGUACUGGCGAUUUGACUGACCAUUUUGAUGAAAAAUAUAUGCUAAGUUGAACAUGUUAAAUCAAAGGUGGCUCAAGAUUUUACAUCUGCCACGGUUGAACCUAGGAAAUGCCAGAAAUUUUAUGUUGUACCAAUUGUUCACAAAGAAAGUCAAAAGUCAGGAAUGUGUCCUUUCUAUUA